AUGGAAAGGGCGGGAGGAGGUUCUUUCAUGAGGAGUAGUAGGAGUUUGGAGAGCUUUCUUAAUACCAACUCCUCUCCAAACGUUGAAGAAGAAAACCACGAAUUUGUUGUGAAGGAAGAGUUGAAGAAUCCAGAAGCUGUUAAAGCUUUUGUGUUCAAGGAUGGUGGUUGGGUGGCAGAGUUGAUCUCCUUUGUUAGGAUUGUGACUUGUUUCGUGGUCAUGAUGGUUACAACAUCCAUUUGGGCUAUCAUCAUGGUCUUGCUCCUGCCUUGGCCUUGUGGUGCCCGUUUGUUGCUGCAGAUGUGGAUAGUGGGGAAUGAAGUGAAGAUUGAAGGAGCUGAGUUCUCAAAUCAAAGGGCUAUUUACAUCAGCAACCACGCAUCUCCUAUUGACAUUCUCUUGAUGAUGUGGUUGAUUACCACCGACACAGUUGGCAUUGCAGAGAAAGAGGUCUCGACUCUUAUCACCAAAACAGCUCUGUCACAAUAUUAA